AUGUCCCUCGAUGCACCGCGCCGGAUGCGGGUCAAGGUCCGAAUGCAAGCGAGUGCGCGCGAGCAUGCGGCGCUGCACGCAGCCAUGCAGCGACACCGACUCACUCGCAAGACGAUCUACGUCCUCGUGCUUGGGCAUCACGGCUUGACGUUUCUUGUCGCGAUAGCGCUCGGCGGUGCCCACUUUGCCAGUGCCACCGAGGUGCUGGGGGGGCGCCCCCCCUCGGGCGUCGCCUACCUUCUCGUGGGCCUCCUGCAUCUGAGCGCCUGCAUGACGUGGGCGCCAACCCACCUGAUAGCGUAUGCACCGUACUUGCACGCGCUCGAGAUGGCGGCGCACGUGUACACGGCGUCGAAUAUGGCCGCGACGCUCGUCGAGCCAAGCUGCCCGCUCGGCUUCGCGUACCUCGUGGCCCUGCACAUGGCGUGGACGAGCAAGAGCCUUGUUCCCCCCAUGGUGUGUGCCAAGCGGCCGACACUUCGCACCCCGCUCGUCUCGCUCUCGUACGCGCUGCUGUCGUUUUACGUGUCUGUGGGCUAUGUGCUUUGGGUGCUCGUGGUGCCAGCCGCGACCACCAUCUCUCAUUUUCGCCACCAGAGCCGCGAUUUUGACUGGGCCGCCACGCACGUUCCGACGUGGCGCUUCGUCCUCUCGUCGGAGCCGCUGGAUAUAGCCACGCGGCUCAUUGCUCUCGUCGCCACGUACGUGCGGCUUCAUACGGUGGUCGCUGCGGUCCGCGUCGUGCCGAGCCGCGUCAAGCGCACGCAUACGCUCAACUCGAUCUCGGAAGACAAGACGAGCGAUGGGCGACGCGCUGUGCUGCGGCUGCUGCCCGCGACCAAAGAACUCCUCGACAAAGUACGUCCGGGGUCUGUCGCUAAAGCGCUGCCCGUGAUUCUACCUGCCAACCGACGCUGGCGCGUCGGCUUGUACUUUAUCUACAACCUUCUCGCGCUCACACUGCUGGUGCUAACGACGCACCGAAGCUACUUUCGCUUAGCGUGCCCGCCGGGCUGUCGCGUCGCGUCGCCGUCCUGGGCGAACGAGCGCUGUCACUGUGUUUAUUUUCGAUGGGACUGCGCGGUCGAUGGCCCCAUGGACGCGUGGGACACCUAUUUUCAGAUCCUCUCGAGCCCGACGCUGUUGUGGCUCCACCUCCAGCGCUGCCCGCUGCCAAACGGCCUGCGCGCCGACACGCUGGCCUUGUUUCCAUGUCUCUACGGUCUCCAUUUCGAAGCGUCCGAGCUGCGGCGCUGGGACAUUCCACAGCUGCCGUCGACGAUUGCCAGCGUCUUUUUGCACGGCACGAACCUCCGUGGCCUGCCACCGGCACUUCUAUCCCCGCCGUUAUCGCUCCAGACACUGUAUGUGACCGACUCGCCGGCGCUGGGCGACCUCCCAUCGACAGUGUAUGCGAGCUGGCACGCGCUUCGCGACAUUGCGCUCACAAACACAAGUCAAACGAGCCUCUCGGGGCAAAUUCAAAAGCUGCAGGCGCUCGAGUACUUGGACGUGGGACACAAUGCGCUCACCGAGCUGCCGCCAGAGCUUACGAAGCUGCCGCAUAUUCAGUUGGUCUUUGCGGACCACAAUCAGUUGGUCGAGAUCCCCGCCGCGCUCGUGGCCGCCUACCCGUCGCUCCAGCUGGUGCUCAACAGUAAUCCGAUCAGCACGGUGCCCCUAAGUCUUCUCAACGCCGUGCAGCUCCACCUCAUCCACGUGGCGUCCACAACGUACUGCAAUGCGACGCGCUCGAGUGUCUGCUACCGCGACUGCGCCCCGAGCUGCGCGGCGCCCCGCGUCGGCGACAACUACUGCGACAGUCGGUGCAACGUCCUUGGCUGCAACUACGACGGCGGCGACUGCUUGCCGUUGCCCUAG